UCCAAUUGUCUCAUUCCAUCAAAAAGGGCUUCCAAUAUUUGCAAUGAGAAGCUCACCAACCAUGGCCAAUCUUUGGCCACGCCUCGGCGUCGCCUUAGCCGUUUGCCUAGCUACCGCCAGUAUCGCUGUCGGUGAGAAGCCUAAUUACUUCCAUGACGUCUCAGCUCCACUGUCUUCGCCUUUCAAACAGACACCACCUUAUUAUUACAAGUCUCCUCCCUCGCCAUCACCGUCCCCAUCACCACAAUAUGUUUACAAAUCUCCACCUCCUCCAUAUAUUUAUAAGUCUCCACUACCUCCUUCACCAUCGCCGUUGCCUCCUUACAUCUAUAAGUCUCCGCCCUCGCCUUCUCCAUCACUUCCACCUCCUUACGUGUACAAAUCUCCCCCUCCACCUUCUCCAUCUCCGCCGCCACCGUAUAUUUACAAAUCACCACCUCCUCCUUUGCCAUCACCUCCGCCGCCGUACAUCUAUAAGUCUCCACCACCACCCUCUCCCUCACCACUACCACCAUAUAUCUACAAAUCUCCACCUCCACCUUCUCCUUCUCCCCCUCCGCCAUACAUCUAUAAGUCCCCGCCUCCCCCUUCUCCGUCACCACCACCUCCUUACAUCUACAAGUCUCCACCUCCACCUUCUUCAUCUCCACCACCUCCAUACGUCUAUAAGUCUCCAUCUCCUUCGUCACCGCCUCCUUACAUGUACAAUUCCCCUCCACCACCAUCUCCAUCACCACCUCCUCCAUACGUGUAUAAAUCCCCACCACCACCAUCUCCAUCGCCUCCACCUCCAUACAUCUACAAGUCCCCGCCUCCGCCUUCUCCAUCACCGCCACCACCGUACAUCAAUAAGUCCCCACCGGCGCCAUCUCCAUCACCACCUCCACCAGACAUCUACAAGUCCCCACCGCCGCCUUCUCCAUCUCCGCCUCCUCCUUACAUCUAUAAGUCACCUCCCCCACCAUACAUCUACUAAUAAUGACAACCUCGGGCCUCGACUUCACCUCCAUGUCCCUAUUUCUACAAGUUUUGUCAUCUUCGUCCACAGGCGUGAUUGUAUACUGAAAUCAUACUUUGGGUCUUACAUGUUAUGAAAUAAGCGAGUACGUUGUGGACAUGAUGUUGCAGAGUAUUCUCGGUUUCGAUUUUCCUUCUUUUCUAUUGUUACAUUGAUGAUGAUCGUAAUAAUAAUGUACUUCGGUAUGAUAUUAGAGAGCAACGAUAUCUUCAUGGUA